AGAAACACCUAGUCAGAAGCAACAAUAUCUACUCGCAUCCAAACUUAUCGUCCUGAUCAGACAAUGCGCGUCCAUCCUCUCAUGCCUCACAGAAAGCCUCAGCCAUGCCACCUUUCCUCCCGCGAAAGCGUUCGACGCCACCAGCAUCCCCUCGGCCCACGCCACUCAAGAAGGCAAAACUGUCGGAUGUGCUCGACGCGGAAUCGAGAAACACACCUGGAUCUGACAAACCGAGAGCCUUCUCUCUAGGAAGUGAUGGCUCCGAAUCGAGCCUUAGUGACGUGGACAGUGACGAGUUUGAAGAUGUCUCCCCCGCCGUCAAACACCCUGAGUCUACAAAGCACGAAGAGGAAGACGAGGACGAUGAAAUAGAAUGGGAGGAUGCGGGCGCUAGCACACUUGUUGCGACGCCAGCCCAGACUCCUCUGGCCGAUGGGCCAAUUGAGCUGGUGUUCCGUAAGGACAACAACGAGAUUGACUAUGGCACUGCGACCGCCGCCACUACGGGCAAGAAAGGGCCAACUAAGCGCGAGAAGGAGGCUAGGGUGAGAACACAUCAAAUGCACGUCCAACUAUUGCUAUGGCAUAACUCAAUACGAAACCGAUGGAUAUCCGACAGCAUAGUUCAGCAAACCCUGGUCAACCAAUUGCCACCUCAAAUCAAGAAGGAAGUUGAGAAGUGGAAAGUCGCAAGUGGACUGGUUGAUCCUGAGGCCGAGUCAAAGUCAAGGGGUCGGAGAAUGGGGAAGGGCAAAGCAGUCAAUGCUCGUCAAGAGAGAGACUGGGGAAGGCCAAGCCAGCGCAUGGAGAAAGGCAAGCCGAAUAUGAGCAAUGGCGAUCCGCUAAUCUCUUUGAUGAAGGUUCUCGCGGCUUACUGGAAGAAGCGGUUUGCGAUCACGGCACCAGGUCUUAGGAAGCGUGGCUAUGGGACCAAACAAGCGCUGAAACAAAUCAUCUACUCAUUCCGAAAUGACGAACACGAUCCAGAAGAACAUGGUGAACGGAUUCGGGAUAUUGAAGAAUUCCGUGAAGUGGCUCGGCGAUGUGAAGGCUCAAGGGAUGCAGGGGCUCAACUGUUCACGGCGCUUUUGAGAGCAGUUGGUAUCGAGUCUCGACUUGUGGCAAGUCUGCAACCAACAGGCUUUGGCUGGACGAAAGCAGAACAACAAUUUCCGCGAAAGCCUGCAAAAGCUGCGGAGACUGAUACUGACACAUCCUCUUACGAGUCCGAUCACGAUGACUCCGUUUCUCUAUCUGAGAUCACGAAGUCAAAGCCAGUAGUUAAAGCGAACGCUCGUACUUCUACUAGAGAUCAGAGAGGCACUACAAGCAAACCCAUCAACCUGGACACUGAUGUCGAAGAAGAUGAUACAACUUCGGGUAUGAAUGAGGACGAUUCGGUCGUGGAUGUCACUCCAACUAUGCCAAAGAGGCGUCCGCAGAAGUAUGACCGUGACAACCCUUAUCCGAUUUAUUGGACAGAAGCCAUAUCGCCAAUCACAAACCAGGUGCUGCCAGUUUCUCCUCUCGUGCUUGACCCUCCUGUUGCUUCCACCCCGGAAAUACUGGCUGCUUUUGAGCCUCGCGGCGUCAAAGCAGACAGAACCAAAACCGUCAUGGCCUAUGUUAUUGCUUACUCCGCCGAUGGCACAGCAAAAGAUGUUACUGUCAGAUAUCUCAAGAAGAGGAUAUGGCCCGGUAAGACUAAGGGGUUCCGGUUUCCAGUGGAGAAGAUUCCUAUCUACAAUAAAAACGGUAAAGUCAAGCGCUAUGAAGACUACGACUGGUUUAGGCGAGUCAUGAGUGGUUAUCAACGUCCAGAUGCGUUGAGAACGCCAGCUGAUGAUGUAGAAGAUGCGCAUGACCUCGUCCCGCAAGAACCUGAGAAAAAGGAAGUUAAAGAUGACGUGGACACUUUACAAAGUCUCAAAGCAUCGGCUGAUUUUGUACUUGAGCGCUUUCUCAGGCGUGAAGAAGCAUUGAGGCCUGGUGCGGAGCCCGAUCGAAAAUUCGUCUCCGGAAAAGGCGAAAACCUGAAAGAAGAGCUCGUUUACCGACGUUCUGAUGUCCUGCGAUGCUUGACUGCGGAAUCAUGGCACAAAGAAGGACGAAGACCGAGGGAAGGCGAAGCGCCGUUAAAGCUCGUACCUGUUCGUGCCGUGACGCUCGCCAGGAAGCGCGAGGCAGAAGAUUAUGAAAGACGUACUGGUGAGAAGCAAACCCAGGGUUUGUACUCAUGGGAUCAGACCGAAUACAUCAUCCCACCUCCGAUCGAAAAUGGAGUGAUUCCGAAGAACGCUUACGGCAAUAUCGAUUGCUUCGUGCCGAGUAUGGUGCCCAAAGGUGCUGUCCAUGUACCAUUGAGAGGGACUGUCAGGAUCUGCAAAAAGCUGGACAUCGACUUUGCUGAAGCGGUCACUGGCUUUGAAUUUGGCAACAAGAUGGCUGUCCCUGUGAUCACUGGUGUAGUGGUUGCUAAAGAGAACGAGAAGGCAGUCAUUGAGGCAUGGACCGAGUUCAACGAGAAGCAGAGACAAAAAGAGGAAUCGAAGAUGGAAAAACUUGUUUUGGACCUAUGGAGAAAAUUCGUCAUGGGUUUGAGGAUCCGCGAGCGUAUCCAAGAUACUUACGGUGACGUCGUUGACGACACAUCCAUUUACGCCGCUGGGAACAGCAAGGACCAACCGAUCAACCUCGAAGACGAAGGUGACAUGCCGGGUGCUGCUCUGCCAAUUGCUGCCGAGGAUGAUUUUGGCGGUGGAUUCAUCGUCGACGAUGAAGAGCUGGCAAUCCCAGAAGAUCUUGAGAUGGUUCACCACGAACCUCGUGCCGAAAGAAGCAGAUCUAUGAGAAUAUCACGAGGUUUGAAUGAAUAUCCGACUCCCGUCUCAGUAUCGCCUGCGAAGACGAAUGGUGUAAGCCAGAACAAAUCGCUUCUUCAAGCUGCCGAUGAAACCACCACAGCUUCAGAACUAUCAUCCGCGCCAAAUGAAUCCGAUUUUGAUUUGCAACCUGCCAAAAUGGAAGAAAUGGAACGUGCGGCCAUUCCAGCGAUACCGGCUUCCAAGGCCAGAAUUGAAGUUUCUAUUCCAAAAUUUCAUCGCCAGGGGCCUACCCCUUCCAAUACUGUGUCAAGAACCGCGCAGGAUACUGAUGAAAGUGAAGAUGAGCAAUCAGAAUCACUCGAGGACGAGACCAACGAUGACGAUGCCUACAAACCAGUACGACGAUCUGGACGUAAGACCGCCAAGACUGAAGUGAGGCGAGUAAGAAGUCAGACAAAGACACAGACACGCAGAACAAGUACAAGAGUGAGGAGAGGAGGUCGUCAAUCCAAGUCUCGAGUGGACCUUGAUGAUCGUGAUGAUGAGGAUGAGGUCGUGACGCCAAAGACUAAACGGGCCAGUCGUCGCCUGAGGAGAGACAGCGCUGUGGUCACCAGUCCUUAUUUCGAAAGCUGAGUCGUUCUAGCCGGGGAGCUUCUUGAUAUGUUUUAUUGUAUGAUGCCCGAGACACCACCUGGUAAAUACUAGAGUUAAUCUGGUAGAUGAUUCUGGGAAAAAAAGUGUACCAGUGAAGAAUCCAUCCGUACAAGUUUACUUGUGAAUAAAAUAAAACCCAUCAGUGUGAGAUAUGUCAUGGCUUCAAGGCUUUAUAC